CGAAUCAGUUGAUGAUUUGGCGUUUGGCGAGGGAGGGCGGACACAGCACCGUCGCGGCGCGCAAACCGGUAUUCAGGACCGACUGACUUGUGUUUAGCGCGGGCAAACGUUCCUUCGCCCUGCAACGAAUUUCUGAAGCAUCAUGAUGAAAUCACCUGAUCGUAAAGCACUUGGCACACUUUGUAACAACAUUCCUGUUUCACCCACUGCAAAUUUGAAACUUUUAACCAAGGUUGCCAGUGAACUGGUGUCUCCAGUCCGUAGCGUGAAAGCAGUUGUCAAAAAUGCUAAUACGAAAGAAACAGAUCCGAGGACAAGAAAGGACAAGUCUUUGGGAAUAUUAUGUGACAGAUUUCUGGCUAUGUUUCCUUUAAACUUACCUGAUGGCUGCCAAGUAAUGGAAAUUUGUCUAGACCGUGUAGCAGAAAAAUUGGGCAUUGUGAAAAGAAGGAUAUAUGACAUCAUUAAUAUACUGGAAAGUCUUCAUAUGGCCUCAAAGGUUGCCAAGAAUCGUUAUCAGUGGCAUGGGUGCAAAAAUCUCCAAGCUACUCUUUCUCAAUUGAAAGCCAUGGCCAUUGAGUAUGGCAUUAAUGAGAAGUUGCAGGAUAUUCAAAGAAAACAAAAGAGUGGUUCUCGUUUGGUCUCUGGACCAACAUGCUGUUGUUCUUCGAGAGAUUUGCAACAUGGUUCUUGUGCUGCCCCUCCUAAUACUGGUGGUGACAAACCAAGCUCAGAUGGGUUUUUUUCUGAUGAGCGUACCCUUGGCGUCAUGUGCCUCAAAUUUAUUAUGUUGUUUCUGGCUUCACAUCAAUCAAGUGCAAGAAUAAACCUGGACCUUGCCACACGAAUGCUUGUGAGUGAGGCUGCAGAAGUUACCGAGCGACGGCUGUGGGGAAUGAAAGUUGACUGUCACAGUAGCUCAAGUGAUAAGCCUUGUGACCUAGGUAGUAAGACAUGCAAAUGUAUGCUUCGCUUGAAGACCAAAGUUCGACGUUUAUAUGAUAUUGCAAAUGUUUUGACAUCUCUUGGGCUCAUUACCAAAAUUGAAACUUCCACCAAUUCAAUGCGGAAGCCUGUAUUUGUCUACACUGGUCCACCUGUGAAGAUUAACCCUGGGCAAAGUAUUCAGUCAUUCAGCUUCAAAAAUUUUGUCUCUGCAAACUCAUUUGAAGAUGAUGAAGGAGUAGAGAACAAGUUAAAUACUAAUCAGAAAAGGAAAGAUUCCAAAUUUAAAGGAGGUCCUCCUGAAAAGAUACCAAGGAUAUCCAGUGACCACAAUAUUAGUGUACGUGUCAGACAAUGUGAGACAUCUAGUAAUGUAUCUGCCAGACAUGUAUCAGGUUAUCCUCAGUACCAAUGUUCUCUUGAUGAUAUUCUUCAAGUUGCUGGCCAAGAGCUAGAAAAGAUUCGGUCUUCUGAAGAGCUAGAAGCUGCCCAGAAAAUGUCAAAUGCCCGUAAGAAGCUCUCAUUCUCACGGUGCCAUUCAGACUCAUGUAUUCAGCCCCCUGCUACAUCCCAAACUGGAUCACGCAAAGUAGAAUACAAAAGUAUAAAUCCUAAUAAUAUUGCUAUGAAUGAAGAUGUCUCUGGCACAGAAAACCGCAAAAGUGUUUGCAUAACACUUUCUGAUUCUAAAGCCAAACGUUUCACGAUAACAAGAAAGCUAGUUGAAGUGCCUGUCCAUGCUAUACCAAGGAAGUUGAGUAACGACGGAUCCUUUAAUCUUCGCAAUAUUACACCUAUGCAAGCUCAAACUUUGAGUACCUUGUUUGGUAUCUCCAACAAACAACUUCAAAAUGAUGGUUCAAAGCCUCAUUCUAAUCAAUUACUUGUGUCUGCUCAAGCUGAUAUUGUAAAUAAUAACAAACCUAUAGUACAGUCCAAUUUAUCUGUCAACAAUUUAAAUAAACCUGUUGGUAACACUAUUAAGAGUACACCAGCCUCUUCAGUGGCAGCAGGUGAGCUUUUCCGUGCUAUUAAGGUUGGCAAUGUAGCUUAUCUAGUCCCUUUCGUUACAAGCAUGGUAAAUAAGUGAUCCAAAACAUUACUGAUUAAUUAAUAAUUGAUGCAGUUUUAUUUGGGAAUGAUUGAUCUACUUUUCCAUUCAAUCACCUUCUCUAGUAGUAGUUUCUUACCUCUUUGAUACAGUGGUUUGAAGUGCAAUACAAUUGAACAUUUGAUCUCCUCAGUGUGUAUGGUAUUCAAUUGACUAAAAAUAAAAUAUAAUCUUAUGCUGUUGAGUUUCUAAAGUGUGGUAAUAGCUAUGAAUUUAUGAUGUUAUAUGUGGUUUGAAUCUUUUUUUGUUUUAUACUCUUGUUAAUUUUAGAAAGUUAUGAAUUUCAAAUAAUUCACCUGGAGUUUAUCUGUUGUAAUUUCAAGUGACUAUUUAAAUAUGUGAAAAGUGCGUAUACCAAAUUGUUAUAUUGAAUGUUGAACAAAAAAUAUAGAUAGUUUAUUAAUUGCCGAAAACUUUUAA